AUACUAAGCAUGGACGCAUGUGAGAUCACUGUCCUAACUCAUUUGUCACAUUAAAGACAUGUAUUAAACGGGAAUCGCAAAUUCAUCUCCGCGUGUAUCAACGAUGCAGUCGGUAAAGAUGGGACGCUAUGUAUCUCUGGUGUCCAAACUCUCGCGGGCGGCACUCGGCUCUUGUAGCUCGGGACAACUCGCGGCCGUCAGCACGGGUUUACGAGCAAUGACAACCGCUAACGUGAACUCCCAGCCGGUGGUGAUCCGCAUCCCGAGACGCGCGCAGGAGCGCAUAGAGAGCAUCAAACAGAUGCAGAGCAAGAAGUUUGACAAGCUGCCAACCGUCAAGCCUGGGAGAUUAUUGAUCAAGAGCAAGAACCCGCAACUAAACCAGUCUGUGGGCUAUACUCUUGGGAAAUUUGAACAACCUGUUCUGACAUCAAAGGGUUGGAAGAGUAACAGAGCGGUAGGGGAUUACUUUUCCAUAAACAGCAUCCAGAGUGCUCCGCCGUUCGUGCCCAAGCAUAAGGAUGAGGGUGCUGACGGAGCUUCCGCGUCCAAAAAGACGUUUCACUGCUUCAACCUUUGUCCAGAACUGGUGGAAACCUUACAGAGCCAGAAUAUAAUUCACCCCACCACAGUGCAGUUGCAAACCAUUCCUAAAAUACUAAAAGGACGGAAUAUCCUCUGUGCGGCCGAGACGGGGAGUGGGAAAACUCUGACCUACCUCCUUCCCAUCAUCCACCGGCUCCAGGAGGAACUGCUCACAGACUCUGAGAGAAGCAUUCGCGCUGUCGUCAUCGUCCCAUCAAGGGAGCUAGCAGAACAAGUGACUUCAGUAGCACGCCCAAUCAGCGGACGUUUUGGGCUCGUGGUCAAAGUUGUAGGAGGUGGGAGAGGUGUGGGAACCAUCAAAGCAGCAUUCGCUCAUGGUCAGCCAGAUGUUUUGGUGUCCACCCCUGGAGCCCUGCUGAAGGCCCUCUGGAAGCGCUUCAUCAGCUUGAGUGAACUAAACUUCCUGGUCAUCGAUGAAGCCGACACCAUGUUUGACGACAGUUUCGCAGGUAUGCUUGAGAAGAUACUUUCACACACUCAGGUGGCGUCCAGGCUGUCUGAAACUGUCGGACUCACUCAUAAAGCUCAGCUGGUUAUUGUGGGGGCCACAUUUCCUGGUGGCGUUGGUGACGUCCUGAGUAAAGUGACCGACCUGGCUAGCAUCUCCACUGUUAAAAGCAGGAUGCUCCAUCACCUCAUGCCACACAUAAAGCAGACGUUUCUAAGGGUCAAAGGCGCAGAUAAGAUUCUAGAGCUUCAUCAGGCUUUAAAAAAGGCCGAGCAGGAACAGAAAGGGGUUUUGGUGUUUUGCAACUCUGCUUCCACUGUUAACUGGCUGGGCUACUCGCUGGAGGAGAUGGGUGUUGGUCACAUGAGGCUACAGGGGGAGAUGCCGGCUGCUAUGAGAGAGGGAGUUUUCAGGGACUUUCAGCAAGGAAAAACGGAUGUGUUAAUUUGCACCGAUAUAGCUUCCAGAGGUUUGGACACACAGCGCGUUGGACUUAUUGUCAAUUAUGACUUUCCAGAGAGCCAGACUGAUUAUAUCCACCGGGCAGGACGUGUGGGGAGAGCAGGGGGCUCUGAGGGAGGGGAAGUGCUGAGUUUUGUCACUCAGCCAUGGGAUGUGGAGCUUGUGCAGAAGAUAGAGACGGCAGCCAGGAGGAGGACAUCUUUACCAGGCAUGGAGACUGACAUCCAGAAACCCAGCCAAACAACAGAUGCUAAAGAAGUUUAAUAAGGCCAUGACAUACAUUAUUUAAAUUUACAGACCAUCUCUAUAUAACAUGCUAAAUGUUUAUUUUUUAUGUGUUGUAUGGAGGAUUUAAAAUAAACAAUGUUUUGUCCUAAAA